UCUACAAUUCAUGGCAUGAAGAUUAACUAUAAUCCAACCCUCUACUAUAAUCCAACCCUCUGGUGGGCCCUGGGGUUUAUUUUUUUGUUUUCUAUGGGCGGAUUUACCGGGAUUAUGUUAUCUAACUCUUCAAUUGAUAUUAUUUUGCACGAUACUUAUUAUGUUGUGGCUCAUUUUCAUUAUGUUCUUUCUAUGGGGGCUGUGUUUUCUAUUAUUGCUGGGUUUAUUCAUUGGUAUCCCUUAAUUUCUGGGUUUACUUUAAAUAGAUUUUACUUAAAUAUUCAGUUUGUUUCUAUAUUUAUUGGGGUCAAUCUUACCUUUUUUCCUCAACAUUUUCUUGGGCUUAGGGGGAUGCCACGCCGGUAUUCUGAUUAUCCUGACUCUUAUUUGGGUUGGAACAUUGUUUCUUCUAUUGGUUCAUUGAUUUCGAUUUUAAGAUUGUCUAUUUUGAUUUUUAUUAUUUGGGAGUCUAUGUCAAGGAAGCGAAAGAUUGUGAAUAUAUUUUUUCUUAACUCAUCAUUAGAGUGCUUUAAUUCCUUCCCUCCCCUGGGUCAUAGUUAUAAUGAGGUUCCCUCUAUUUAA